GGAGCCGGGGCCGCCGCCACCGGCCCAGCCCGGCUCCUCGCGCCGCCGCGGCCGGGCCGUGCAGCCGCUCCCUGCCCGGGGGCAGCAAUGCCAGGCGCGGCCCCCUCCUCCUCCUGCUGCUGGUAGCCACCGGGCGGGCCUUUGCCCCCAGCUCAGCCCCACGGCGCCCCGCUGCGGGGUAACCCGCCCAGCAGCCGGCCGGGCCCCACCGGAGGCCUCCGCCGCCUGAGCGGGCCGGUGGGGCUCGGGCUCGGCCCGGCCCGGCCCGGCCCAGCUGCUGGCGCGGCGGGGAGGCGUCCUGGGAGGAGGGCUGUGGGAAGGAGGAGGCUGCCGGCGCCAUGUGGCAGAGCGUCGGGCUGACCUUGCUGGUGAUCGUGGCCACCCUGGCCUGCGUGCUUCUCUUCAUGCUGUGCGGCUGGUACGUGGUCUGGCAAUUGUUUUUGUCUAAAUUCAAAUUCCUGAGAGAGUUGAUAGGUGAUACGGGGUCCCAACAGGGAGACAACGAGCCUUCAGAGACUGAAGCUGAACAGGAGACCCCGCCCUCACCUCAGAGAGGUAGACAGAAAUCUGCUCGGCAGCGAAGGGCACCUACAGAAGACACAACUUAAAGUACUCCAUUGAUCUUCUGAAUAACUAUGAGUGGUUAAGCACCUCUGCACUGUGUUGUUCAGUGGUUUGAUCUUACUGAAAAACUGACUUAAGAGGUAAUACUAGUAUCUGUGGACCUUUACUUCUGAACUACCAAUGUAUGCUAUGUGAGUAGAGGUUCAGGGAGGACUUCAGCAGCAAGUCAUAGAGUACUGGAAGAAGCAAGGAGUGGAGAGAAAUCUCCAUCAGAAAAAUGCUGAGCUGCUGUAGCUCCUAUCUCUGCAGACAGAUUGAAAACAGGUCCUGCACCAUAGGCUUAGCCUUUGCAUUAGUCUGAACGUUGUAAACAUUUCAGACUUGAAAUAAUUUCUAAAUUAUUUUUUCUUUACAGCACUGUAACUACACAUAGUGAAAAUGAGUUUUAUUUCCUUGGCUAUAUAUGAAUAUAUUUUUCUUCAACCUUGAGAAUGCACGUGAACUUGAAAAAUGGUUGAAAGAAUAUCCUGCUUUAGAAAGUAUUCUAAAGUGAGAUUUUAGUUAUGUUCUUAUAUAGAAAGUAUAAAUGAAAUAUGAAGAAUUGGUUAGAUGUGCAUGAUUUGGAGGUGUUUAUUAUCUCCUUUUUAAUAAAAAUGGCAAAAAAAGGAAUUGGGUGGUAAGACCUGUUUUCUUGGUUUUAGCAUCAGAAGGGUUACAGGUUAAACAGGCCUGCUAGGUUUCUGUAUGUUUUUCCUGAACCUUUCACUCUGAGUCCAACUUGUGUUGGAGAAGGGAAGAUGCCUAGGUUAUGUACUCAGUGUUCAGUAUUCUGAAGUGUUAUCUUUGUUUCUUGGACAUUAAGCACUUCUCUAGUUCACUUUGUACACCUUUACAUCAGGUAUAUGGUACCUGACACAACUUCUUUCCUGGAACCAGCUAAGGCAUUCUGACCAAUUUGGUAAACAUCACUGUAACACUUUGAUAGUAUUACAGCAAUGAAUUUGGUACCUCAUGUUUGCUGGAGGACUUUAUGAUUUUUACUGGUAAUAAGCAGUUGCUUCUGUUUUCUUUGAGGAUGGGUUAUACAGCUAUUUUAACAUUGCAGUUCAGAAUGAGGAGCUCCACUUCUGUUUAUCUGACAACUCUGAAGAUCAGUGCAUGAGGAAAGAGGAGGAACAUGCAUGUACCACCUCUGAUGCGUGUAUGAGAGAGAACUACCAACAGGUCUUGUCAUUAACAGUUUCAGUUUUCUCUCAAAUCUUGGCUGUGUGACGGUGUUUUGAUCAGUGUUCCGUGUAUAAAAACUUAAAUGGGACUAGAAAAUUGGUUUCUACUUUCAGCUGUUAAGAAAUGUAAACCUAGGAAUUCCAAACUUGUGGUUUGGUUCAAUUCUAUGUCUAAAAGCAGCAACGUUUAGCUUUUUCAUCAAGCCUACACUGGGUAAAAGAGCACUCUUUUAGUGCCUUUAUGCUUUGUCAUCUGUGAAUACUGUUCAAAAGCUAAUGAGAGCAUUCACUUCAUUAAAUGAUUUGGCUGUUCCAGUGUUAAACUAGGUAAGAUCAGCCCUGAUGUCCUUUUGGAGUCUAAAAGUCUUUGUUUUGUUUACUAGCAUGUGUAUAUAAGCGUGCUUUGUAUUACAGGGUUACAUUUUCAAGCAUGAUCAGACAGUCUCCUUCCUCUCUUCUGUCUGCUGGCAAGGGAAUACCUAAUGAUGUUUUGUUUGUGUUUUUUAAUUAGUAAAAUUCCCAUUUAUUCAAACUGAGCAAAAGCAAUCAGAUUCUAUUCCCUGCUGCUUCCAGUUGUUUGCCUUGCACAACAUAAUGUCACAACAUUCUCAUGUCUGUCUUUCCGCACAGUGACACUUUCAGUUUAGCAGUGCUAACCAAGUACUGGCACAUUUUUCUUUAACAUCUUUAGCAUCUUCAUAUUGAGAUUUGCUAAUUUUUUUUUUACUGACAUAGGAUAUUGACACUCCACUUCUCUUUAACCUAGAUUUUAGUGCACAGAAGUUGGCAAAAGACUGAUGCUGGUAGUAUCCUCAGCUGAGAUAAGUAACAGUUACUCAGUCUUUGCUUCUAGUAGCUGUGAAGAAAUGUGAUGUUGCAGCAAUAGACCUAGUUAGUCAGGGUAGCUCUACAAGUGCAAGAAUCAAGACUGGAGCAAGAUAUUGAAGGAGAAAUCUAUGUGGGUUUGAAUGCUGACACUGAUCAAAUAUGCAAUAAGAUGGAUGUGGAACCUCUGGGUAGCUCAUCUGCUCUAGCCAAACAACCUGCUUCUCCCUUCCUUGCUGUAUGUAGGUGUACAUUUCACUCCCCAAAGUUAUUUUCAGUUUUGUGUUUUUUUUUUAAUUGAUACUAUUUUUUAAUGUUGCUGUGAUGUAGCUGCCAGUAACUGUCUGCCUAGUGUAUAACUUUAAUGAUCUUAGUAGCAGGCCAAAGGUUUGUAUUACGUGGUUUGGAAGAAUUUUGGAAUGCUGAUGUCUUCUGUCAAUGCUUAAUUUUUCCUGAAGGAGUCUGUAGUGAUAUCUUUGUACAGAGCACUUCAUGCAAACCUGUAAAAGCAGAGCUGUGUGUGUGAAAGUGUACUUUGUGAUAAGACCUGGGUUGUGAUUGCUGGCAGUCCAACAUACUCAUGUCUUUGAAUAUUUUUACCAAUGUACUUCUGAAAUGUUACUGGUGGGUAAGCACUUAACUUUGAAUUGACCCAAUCAAGUCUGAAACCUUAUGAAGGCAACAGGUUACACAGUUGGUCUUGUUUUGUUUAGUGGGAUCUAUUUUUAAAAGUGUCUUAUUGCCUUAUUGUUGCAGCCCUUCUCUUGAAUGUAUUUUGGACUCUUAUUUUAAAUACAGUCAUAUCACCUUUGUUGCAGGGGCUGUGUAACUUUGAAUAAGCAGUAAUUGUCUGCGUUGUGUGUGACAGUUAAUUGAAAACAGUUACUGCAAUGAAGGCUGGAACAAACAGUGUAGGCUGGUGGAUAAAAUACAAAAGCUAUUGCUAAAAUUUGAGAGGUGUAAACAAUUUUGUUCAUGCUGAAUUGCAUCAUUCAGAUCUGUUCAGGAGCCACUAAAGCUGUUAUUGUGGUGAUUUAAUGUUUGCUCAUGAAGCUAAUUCUAUGCAGUUCAUCCACUAAGCACUGCUGCUGUAGCUAUUUGCAGUAAAUGCCAUAUACUGUGCUGCAGUUUGAGAGAAACUUGCUGCUUAAUAUCAGGUUUUACACCAAACUAGACCGAUGUGUGUAUGUUCUUCUGUUAUGUUCGGAAAUGACCAGCAUAAAGAAUGUGUUCAGUGUGUUCACUUCAGUGUUACAAUACUGUACCUAAAGCUUCUGUGGUUGUCUGUUUUCAUUGUUAACUAUUCUUUUAACUGACUGCACAGAUGAAAAAUAAAGUAACCAGACUUGAUAUGUAUAUUUGA